AUGUCCGUGUCUGCGAUGAAGCUGUCGAGGACUACGCUACCACGGUUUGUCGUUCCUGCAAUCCAGGCACGACACCUCGCCACGCCCACCACGCCCACCAACCCCUCCUUCGCCGAGCGGCUCGCCUCCGGUCCUUCUCUGGGCGACUUCAUCCACUCCGAUCCCGAAGCUGACCAAGCUCGCGGGAUCGAGCGUAUCAUCCUUG